AUACCAUGUGUUUUAUUUGGAUUCUUUUUCCCAUCAAAACAAAUGCUUCUUCUUCUUGUUUACUAUUCAAUUAUUUAGAUUUAAUUGAUUUCGAUCUAAUUUUUGCGUUCAUUUUAAAUUAUUCUACUUUCAAUAUGGAUGAUGAUCAAAUUGUUGAUGAUCCUUGGUCAAUUGAAAUACCUCCAUUGAAGAAAGAUGAGCUUCCACAUUUUAUCGUCAGUGAAUCAAGUUUUGCCACAUUAUUUCCAAAAUAUCGUGAAAAUUAUAUCAAAGAAUGUUUUGAUUUGAUUGUUAAAACACUGGAAGAGUAUGAAAUUAAAGCGGAACUUGAUCUAAUGGAGGGUAGUUUAAGUGUUCACACAACCAAGAAAACCUGGGAUCCUUAUAUUAUAAUGAAAGCUCGUGAUAUGGUUAAGCUAAUUGCUCGUGGGGUUCCCUUUGAACAGGCGACCAAAGUUUUACAAGACAAUUUAGCCUGUGAUAUAAUUAAAAUUGGAAGAAUGGUUCGUAAACGUGAUAGAUUUGUUAAACGUCGACAACGUUUAGUUGGACCCUCAGGAUCAACCUUGAAAGCAAUUGAAUUGCUGACAGAUUGUUAUGUUCUCGUUCAAGGAAAUACAGUCUCAGCAAUUGGACCAUAUAAAGGGUUACAACAUGUUCGUCGAAUUGUAGUUGAUUGUAUGAACAACAUACAUCCUGUUUACAAUAUUAAAGCUCUAAUGAUUAAAAGGGAAUUAUGUAAAGAUCCAAAGUUAAAGAAUGAAAAUUGGGAACGUUUUCUACCUAAAUUCAAGUCAAAGAAUUUAUCUAAACGUAAAAAACCACUUAAAGUUCGAACCAAGAAGGAAUAUACUCCAUUCCCACCUGCACAACUUGAAUCGAAGAUUGAUCAACAAUUGGCUUCCGGUGAAUAUUUCAUGCGAGAUGAUCAUAAAUAUAAGAUCCAAAGGAAGGAAAAAAUGGCCAAACAGGAAGAGGCUCGAGUUGCCCGACAAGAGAAACGGUACCAAGCGUUUAUUCCUCCAGCCGAAGAUGAUACCAAACGAAAGGUUGAACAAAAUCCCAAGAAGAAUGAAUCAAAAUCAAGUUUGGAUAUAGAGAAAAUUAAGAAAAAUAUUAAAUUGUCACAGAAAAAAGGAUUCAAAAAAUCACAAACUCAACAAUAAGUUUUGUUAAAUCAAACAAUUUCUUGGUUCCGGAACAUCGGACUUACUCAAUCAUCUAAUUUUUGUAUUCAAAGUGAAAUUGAUUGUUUUGAAUAAUCUUCACAAUAUUUGUUGAUUGUGUUCACAGAAAUUCAAUUGACUAUCUUUGAGAAUUGUAUCAACUCAAAUCAUUUUGAUAAUUGUGUUUAUCGGUUAUCAAAUGAAUACAAUUUGUUGUGUAAAUGUUAAUAUAAAUGAAUUUAUUCAAGUUUCUGUAA